AGUUAGUUUCAAGCAUUUGUACAUUUAGCGCAGUCUUAUUCUAUUCACUGCGAUGGCUUUCCCAGUUCAUCAACUUUACCUGUUUGGUGCUGGGGUUCUCCUUUUCUUACCUUUGCUCAAGCUUGCAGAAAGUGGGAAGCUGCUGGUGAUAUCUCAGGAUGGAAGUCACUGGCUCAGCAUGCGCGAAGUGGUCGUGAAGCUGAGUGAGAAGGGGCAUGAGAUAGUAGUCAUCGCUCCAGAAUCUAAUUUGCUCUUGAAAGAAUCAAAGCUAUACACAAGGAAAACAUAUAAAGUGCCUUACAAACAAGAGGAUCUUUUCCAGCGUUUCCAUGGGUUUGCUAAAGGGAUCUUUCGUGAGGUCCAUUUUCCAUAUACGAUUCUUCAGGAAUACCAGAACAACAUGUAUGUUAUUAAUAUGUUUUUUUACAAUUGUAACAGCCUCCUGAAGGACAGAGAACUCAUACAGUAUCUGGAAGAGAGUAAAUUUGAUGCACUCUUUACAGACCCAGCAUUGCCUUGCGGGGUGAUCCUUGCAGAGCAUCUGUCCAUUCCUUCUGUGUACUUCUUCCGUGGAUUCCCAUGUAGCUUGGAGCAUGCAAUCUGUAAAAGUCCCAACCCUGUUUCUUACAUCCCAAGGUGCUAUACCAGGUACACAGACCACAUGACUUUUCCCCAGCGAGUGCUGAAUUUGCUUGUUACCUCCCUCGAGACACCACUUUUCCAAGAUUUGUAUACCAAAUACCAAGACAUUGCUUCCGAAUUUCUCCAGAGAGAUGUGCACUUACCAACGCUUUACAGAAAUGGCUCAAUCUGGCUACUGAGAUAUGACUUUGUGUUUGAGUAUCCCAGGCCAGUGAUGCCCAACAUGGUCUUUAUUGGUGGCAUAAAUUGUAACAUGGGAAAAAAACUGCCUCAGGUAUGUCAAAUGAGUUUAUUUCACAUUUUCUUUCCAAUCUAGACUUUUUCUUUCUCU